AUGAAGAAUCGGCUUCGAUCGUUGGUGGUCUUCGAUGAUGGUCGCACGAAUGGGUUGGUGGUCUUCGAUGAUCGUUGGUGGUCUUCGAUGAUCCUUGGUGGUCUGGAGGUUUCUGGAGUUGAAGUUGAAGAUGUUUCUGGAGGUGAAGUUGAAACGUCGCGCGAAGGAGUUUUUUUGUUUAAAACUAAAUACUGA